AUGGAAACACAUGAAGGAGCAGAGCUCUGUUUUCCAGAACUCCUCAAUGCCUCCUGCCUGAAGCCAAUGGUUUCUCAGACUGAAGUCCUGGUCUAUCACAUCCUGCUGUUCAUCUUCUCUCCACUCACUGUGGCUCUAAACCUGGUGGUCAUCAUCUCAGUCGCCCAUUUCAGACAGCUCCACACACCCACCAACCUCCUCCUCCUCUCUCUGGCUGUGUCUGACCUCCUUGUAGGCCUGGUGCUGAUGCCGGCAGAAAUCCACCUAAAACUGUCCUGUUGGUUUCUUGGUGACUCCAUGUGUUCUAUGUAUAUAUUUUUUGCUUGGUUGUCUGUUUCUGCAUCAGUAGGAGACAUGGUGCUCAUCUCAGUCGACCGCUAUGUUGCUAUCUGUGACCCUCUGCAUUACACUCAUAAGGUCACUGCUCGUGCCAUGCGUUCUCACAUCGCAUCCAUCACAGCCCAGCGUUCAGGGAAGGCAGUCGCCAACAAAUCUGAGCUGAAAGCAGCCCGGAGUCUUGGCGUUCUUGUUGUUGUCUUCUUAAUAUGUUUCUGCCCUUAUUAUAUUGUGACCCUAAUUAACACCUCAUUUAUUCCUUCAUUAUUCUUUUUUAUGACUUUUUUUAUGUAUUUAAAUUCAUGUGUAAAUCCUCUGAUUUAUGCCUUAUUCUAUCCAUGGUUCAGAAAAGCUGUUAGACUAAUAUUCACUUUGCAGAUACUGCAGUCUGGCUCUUGUGAUUCCACCAUGUCUCCGCUCACUUCGUUGGUCCUCCUCGUGCCUUCUCUGCUCGGGCCGUGCCAACAUCAGCUGCUGCUUCGAACUGUCAGAGACGUCAUCACCACGUCCUCCAUCCGCCGUCCAGACUGCGUCCAGCCGUUCCAGCUGUUCCUGUCCACGUCGCUGCGGGGCCACUCCAGCCGUGUCGGAUCCUCCCACAAAGCCAAGACCCGCAUCAUUCAGAGACCGACAACCUACUCAUCAACAAUUAGACUCACCUGCUGCAUGCUGCCCAGCUGCAACACCUGA